GGGGCAGAGGUUGUUGAUAUUUGAUAACAUGCGCACAUGGGUUACAGGAUAAGCCUUCAUCAUCAUCAUCAUCAUCAUCAUCAUCAUAUAUAGAGUUAAAGAGUCGAUUGCUGUCCCGUACACUUCCUCUUAUGAGAGUUAGACCCACCAUGGAAACUUACUUGUAAUGCAAAUUGUAAAAGAAAAAGCCUGUUCUUUGCUAAACCCUUUGUACCUUUUCACUAUUAUUACUUGCUAUAUUGCUCACUGCAUAAAAGUCAAGUCUUCCCUUUGUUGGUUUUAAUUUUCUUUGCAGAAAACCCCCUUGUUUUGGUUUAUUAAGUCUCUUCAUCAUCUUCUUGUUUCUCUAUAUUUUUCUCAUCUCUAAACACUCUGUAGAACUCUAAAUUUUGCUUCUUCUUCUUUUUGAUACUUAUAACAUGGAUAAUCAAGAUCAGGGAAAAAAUCAUUCGUCAGGGCAUGAGAGCCAUGGAGUUCAUUUGUGUCACAAAUGUGGGUGGCCUUUUCCAAACCCACAUCCAAGUGCAAAACACAGGCGUGCUCACAAGAAGAUCUGUGGAACCAUUGAAGGGUACAGGAUAGUCGUCUCUGGGGAUAGCAUCCAUACAACUGCUUCUGAUGAUGAACCACUUUCUGACGAGGAUAACAAAUCUCCAAUUGCUCAAGUUCCAAAGGUUAUGGAAAGCUGUAGUCUGGAGAAAAGCAUUAGUGGAAUUGGAACAAUGUCCAAUAGAUCUGAAAAUGAAGUCUUUUCUGAUGCUGCAAUGGAAUUUCAAGAUAGUGGAUUUGGUCUGGGAAGGCAGGACAGUUUGGUUGAUGCUAGCAAAGCAGACAAGAUUGCUGAGAAGGAUCUUACUGCCUCCAUUUCUUUCAUAGAUUGUGAAGAUACGGAAAUCCUUCAACCCCUACGGAAUUCAGCUGACACAAGCCAAAAAGAAAAUCCUGUUCUGUCUAUGGGUGCACCAGAGCACCAAGAUCUUGGCUUGAGCUAUAGUAAAGAUUUCAAGGAUGGAAAUGGUUCUACUAUUGAUGUGGUCCCCAUCAAAACAGAAACCCCAAUGGUUGUCUCAGAAGAGAGGAGGGAAGUCAGUGCUGGUGAUAGGGUAGCAGAAUGCUCUCUCGGGCUAGAGGCUGAUGCCAGUGAAAAUGAAGAAGUCAACUUAAACAAAAACUUUGCAGGUGCCUUGAUUGUGCCCAGCGAACGUGCUGGCGAAAUAUCUGAAACAGUUUCUCUUUCGGAAAAGAGACUGGAUGCAACUUCAGAUAUGGUUUUGACAGGCGAUAUGGCCCAACUGAAGGAAGAGUUUAGUGAUAGGUUGAAUUCUAAGACAUCCAUGAGUGAAAAUGGUGAGCAAGAGACUGAUGCAAAGGGAAAUGCGGGAAUCACUACAGAAAGAAACCUAAUGGACAUUGUGGCAUCAAACAGUGAGGAUGCAAGUGUAACAUCUGAAAAGGCAGAGGAUAUAACUUCAGAGACUGGGUUGGCUGACAAAAUUGUUGAAUUAAAGGAGAAUAGUGACAAAUUGGCUCUCAGAAUGGUCAAUGAUGAUCUUUCCCCUAAAGCUGAAUCUGCGAAAGAUAUGAAUGUGUCUACAGAUACCUUUCAAAUACAGACUGAUCCCCUGGCUCUGCCAUUACUGUCAUUUCAAAUGAAGUCUAUGACAAAAAGGAAAAGGAAAAGGAAAGCUUUGAUGUGCUUUCAGUUCCUGAUGAUUUUCCUGUUGUAGACAAUGCUGAA